CUCGCUUUUCUACCUCGACUUCAACAAGAUCCAGUCAUGCUCCCAACCUCUGCUACUGCCGCCGCAUCUGCCGUCACCAAGGCUGGCAAGCCGCGGGACCUCCAGCCAGUCAUGACCCUAGGCCGAUCAGCAGCAGCUUGCGCUUCGGCCAGCAAGGCAUACGGGGCUUGUGUCCUUGCUCAGUACGAGGCUGUGGACAAGAAUAUGUGCGAGAAGGAGUUCAGGGAAUUCAAGGAAUGUGUCCAACAGAAGGUGAGCGUCCGAAGAGGAGGUUUGGGUCGGCAGAGCCUGCGAUACAGCAGCCAGCUGACACGAGAGACGAUACGAUGCUGACUGGGACCUUUUCUCUCGUCUCCCUCUCUUGCGCCGCUGCUGCUCAGAUGGGUCGUAAAUGGUAAUCAGCUCGGCCAAGCAGCAUCCGCCAGCCCUCUACCUGGCCAUGGCCCUUAGACCCCCUCGCAACGGCGGCUGCUCGCGUAGCUCCUCUUGCCUCCUCUCGUAG